AUGGUGGCACAAUCGUCAUUAGUGGGGCAAGUCAAGGCUUGCCAAUAUGAAGAUCCCCGUUUUGCUAGACUACAAGAUCUAUUGCAAAAUGGGGGUGUUAAGUCAUUCUCUAUUGAUGGCAAAGGCGUGUUACAUUGUCAUAGUAGACUGUGUAUUCCUAUGGUGGGUGAUGUGAAGCAACUAAUUCUUGAAGAGGCUCAUAACUCGCGAUACUCCAUCCACCCAGGUGCUACGAAGAUGUACCAAGACUUGCGUGGAUUGUAUUGGUGGAAAGGUAUGAGGGCUGAUAUUUUGAAACAUGUGACUAGUUGCUUAAAUUGUCAGCAGAAGUCAUUGGGUUCACAGGUUGAGUUGAGUACAACUUUUCAUCCACGGACUGAUGGACUGUAUGAGCGGGUUAUUCAGAUAGCGUCGUUUGAGGCUCUAUAUGGUCACAGGUGUCGUUCACCAGUUGGAUGGUUCGAACCGAGCGAAGCACAACUAUUAGGUCCAGAUUUGGUUCAGCAAGCCUUAGAGAAAGUUGUGACGAUACGAGAACGACUUAAGACAGCGCAAAGCAGACAGAAAUUCUAUGCAGAUAAGAAAGUUUGUAAUGUGGAGUUCAUGAAGGGUGAAAAAGUUUUCUUAAAAGUUUCACCUGUGAAAGGAGUUGUGAGAUUUGGUCGGAAGGGUAAGCUAAGCCCUAGGUAUAUCGGUCCUUAUGAGAUUUUGGAUCGAAUUGGGUUGGUGGCAUAUAGACUUGCUUUACCUCUGAGAUUGACUGCUGUUCAUCCUGUAUUUCACGUGUCUAUGCUAAGACGAUGUGUUUGUGAUGAUAGUCAUAAGAUUCAGCCUGAGGAUGUGGAGCUCGAUGAGAAUUUGACUUAUAAGGAGGGUCCGAUAUCUAUUCUUGAUAGGCUAGUACGACAAUUGAGGUCGAAGAAGGCAGCUUCAGUCAAAGUGUUAUGGCGUAAUUAUCCAACCAAGGAGGCUACUUAG